AUGCCACCGAAGAAAACUGGAGGAUCAGGUCCGUCAAAGAAGUCGACUGAGAAACAAAAGGAAAAGACUUUGGAGGAUAAGACCUUUGGUCUUAAGAACAAAAAGAAGAGUAAGAAUGUGCAAAAGUAUAUUCAGGAGGUGACCAAGCAGGUAAAAGGCGCCAACACACGCGCUGAACGCAUGAAGGAUCAAGAAGCAAAGAGGAAAAAGGAUGCCAAGGCCGAGCAGGAAAAUCUCAAGAGUCUCUUUGCGGCCGCCAUCACACAGCCCAAGGUUCCUCCUGGAACAGACCCUAAGUUGAUGCUUUGUGCUUUUUUUAAAGCAGGCGUGUGCACAAAGGGAAACCGGUGCAAGUUUUCGCAUGACUUGAUGGUGGGAAAGAAGGCCGCUAAAAUUGACUUGUAUACGGACAACCGUGCCGAAAAAGAAGACGAUCAAAUGGACACAUGGGAUCAGGAAAAACUGGAAAAAGUGGUCAAUGAAAAGCACCACGAGAAACACACGAAGCAAACGGAAAUUGUGUGUAAAUACUUUUUGGAUGCAAUUGAAAAGUCGUUGUAUGGUUGGUUCUGGGUGUGUCCCAACGGUGGUACCUCAUGCAAAUACCGCCAUGCUCUUCCUCCUGGAUACGCAUUCAAGUCGAAGAAGGAUCGUGAGCUUGAGAAGUCAAAAAAGAUGGUGGAGAUCUCUAUUGAGGAAAUCAUCGAACAGCAGCGUGCUAGGUUAGGUCCCAAUGGAGGCACACCUGUUACGGAGGAGUCACUUGCGAAGUGGAAGGUGGAUAAGCAAGCUCGAAAGAAAGCAGAUGAGGUGAAGCGACUAAAAGAGCAAGCUAAAAAGACUGGCGGUCGCGGCAUCAUGAGUGGUCGUGCGCUAUUUACGUUCGACCCGACCUUAUUCCGUGAUGAUGCGGAUGCUGAUGAUGAGGCAUACUCUAUUCACAGUGAGGAAGAGAACGACGACGAUGUGCAAAACUCCUUCCCGGCCGUUGAUGCAGCAGCAGCAGUGAUGGACAAGAGCCUCUAUCUGCAAGACGUGGAUGAUCUUGAUUUGUUGAAGAAGUGA